AUGACCCCCGAUCUCAUUCUAAAUGCUUACCGUGUUCAUGAUUUCGUCACAGAUCUCCUCAAACUGAGCCAUGGUACUUUCAUGCUUAAAGGUCCUUGGUUUACCAACAUGGAUAUGCUCCUGACCUCCGACCCAGCCAACGUUCACCACAUCUUAAGCAAGAACUUCCCCAACUAUCCCAAAGGUCCCGAGUUCCGUAAGAUCUUUGAUAUCCUUGGAGAUGGAAUCUUCAACGCCGAUCAUGAUUUAUGGGAAAUCCAUAGGAAAACAAGCAUGUCUCUACUCAAACACCCCGACUUCAACUCUCACUUGGAAGAAAAUAUCAAAAACAAGAUAGAGAAAGGGCUUCUUCCUCUCCUUGAAAUCGUCUCCAAUAAUCAACAAGAGACGGAUAUGCAGGAGAUAUUUCAGAGGUUUACUUUUGACACUAUCUGUCUAUUGCUUUUAAAUUAUGAUCCUGAAACCCUGUCUCUUCAUUUACCAUAUAAUGCAUGCGAGAAGGCCUUCACCGAAGCAGAAGAAGCUAUUUUGUGGAGGCAUUUGUUGCCGGAAAAUGUUUGGAAGUUGCAACACAGAUUCAACAUAGGCAAGGAGAAGAAAUUAAUCGAAGCUUCUAAGGCUUUUGAUGAAUUUAUAUAUAAAUGUUUGUCAAGGGAAGAAAAUGAGCUCACUGAUGUUGAAAGAGUAGAGAAGGAGGUCGGGUUGUUAAAAUACUUGAUCACUAGUUUCCAAGGUCAGACCAGGACUUCAACGAACACAAGAACGUUUUUAAAGGACACCAUACUUAAUCUGAUGAUUGCUGGAAGAGACACCACAAGCACAGGUCUUUCUUGGUUUUUCUAUCUCCUCGCCCAAAACCCUAUCACAGAGAGCAAGAUCCGAGAGGAGAUUGAGAAGCAAGUGGGAGGUUCAAAAUGGAAAUAUCCUAGUGAAAAAGAGUUGGAUGGACUGGUUUAUCUCCAUGGAGGUUUAUGUGAAGCAUUAAGGCUCUAUCCUCCAGUUGCUUUGGAGCACAAAGCACCAUCAAAGGCAGACGUACUCCCAAGUGGGCAUGCAGUUAAUGAGCAUACAUUUCAUGCAGGGCCACGAACGUGCUUGGGUAAGGAAAUGGGUUUAAUUCAGAUGAAAACGGUGGCAAGUGCAAUCAUUUUUCAUUACCGUGUGGAGUUGGUUAAGGGUCAUGAGAUUUGUCGGCCAGCUGAUUCUAUUAUACUCCAAAUGAAAUAUGGUUUGAAGUCCACAGAACUCUUUGGGAAUCCACCCUCUGCGGAUCCAUUAAAGCUCAUGCGGAUCCAGCUACAGCUCUGCGGAAUGUUGGUUUUUUAA